AGAUCCGCUCCCGCCUAAAACCCCAACCCAAAACCUAACCUAAAACCUUUCUGAGCUCUCGUCCCCUUCUCUCGAAGUAGUCUUUUUGUGGUGUUGAUCAAUGAGGACGAUGAAUAGAGGCCAAGCCAAGACCCUAAUCUUCACCAAACAGCCCUUCAUCGAAGACGAAGGGCAUCGUAAAAUAGAAAAAUGGCAAUUCAGCGCCAUGUCCGACACGGAGAUUGUCAAUAUGGCUGAAACUCAAAUUUAUAAAUGCAAUUAUUAUGAUCCCAAUCAAAAGCCUAUCGAAGGCGGCUUAUUGGACCCCCGCUUGGGCCCAGCAAAUAAGAGUAGUGGUGAGUGUGCGACAUGUGGUGCGGUAAUGAAGGACUGUCCAGGGCACUUUGGAUUCUUGGUGCUUGCCCUCCCUGUCUUGAAUGUUGGAUAUUUAAGUACUAUUGUGGACAUUUUGAAGUGCAUUUGCAAGUUAUGUUCUGGCAUACUUUUGGAGGAGGGAAUGCGCAAUGACUUUUUGAAGAAGAUGAGAAGUCCCAAGAUGGAGCCUUUGAGGAAAACUGAGUUGAUGAAAAAGAUAGUGAAGAAGUGUAAUAACUUGGCAACCAAUUAUAGACCAGUGAAGUGCUCCAAAUGUGGAUUUAUAAAUGGUUCAGUGAAGAAGGCCGUGGGUGUGCUGGGCAUUAUUCAUGAUCGUUCAAAACUUAAUGGUGUUAUGGAUGACUUUCGAACAACACUUUCUCACACGAAAGAGUCGAAGGCAUCCUUUAAUGUGGCAACUCAUAUGCUAAACCCUGCUAGAAUUUAUUCUCUGUUUAAAAGGAUGGUUGAUGAGGACUGCGAGUUGCUUAAUCUUUCGAAUAGACCAGAGAACCUCAUCAUGAAAAACAUUGCUGUGCCACCUAUAGCUAUUCGGCCUUCUGUUAUUGUGGAUAGAUCACUGAGCAAUGAAAAUGACAUUACAGAGAGGUUAAAGAGAAUUAUUCAAUCCAAUGCUAUUCUUAGACGGGAUUUAUUAGAAGCAAAAUCUGCACCCAAAUGUUUGGCUAGUUGGGAUAUACUUCAAGUUGAGGUUGCACAGUAUAUAAAUAGUGACGUUCGUGGUGUUCCCUUUUCCAUGCAAACUGCCAAGCCAUUGAGUGGUUUUGUGCAGCGGCUCAAAGGGAAGGGGGGGCGCUUUCGUGGUAAUUUAUCAGGGAAGCGUGUUGAAUAUACUGGCAGAACUGUUAUAUCACCUGACCCUAAUUUGAAAAUCACUGAGGUUGGAAUCCCUAUCAAAAUGGCUCAAAUAUUAACUUAUCCAGAACGUGUUUCCCAUCAUAAUAUUGAGAAGUUGAGGCAGUGUGUCAGUAAUGGACCUGAUAAGUACCCUGGUGCCAGAAUGCUCAGAAAUCCUGAUGGCACUGAAUGGUCCUUAAAGGUUAACAGAAAGAAUGCUGCUGAUGGACUCAAAUAUGGUGACAUAGUUGAACGUCAUCUAGAAGAUGGGGACAUUGUUCUUUUCAACAGACAACCAAGCUUGCAUCGGAUGUCUAUCAUGUGCCAUAGGGCUAAGGUUAUGCCUUGGAGAACAUUGAGGUUUAAUGAAUCUGUUUGCAACCCUUACAAUGCUGAUUUUGAUGGUGAUGAAAUGAAUAUGCAUGUCCCACAAACAGAGGAGGCUCGGACAGAGGCUGUUAUGUUGAUGGGGGUGCAAAACAAUCUAUGCACUCCGAAAAAUGGAGAAGUUUUGGUUGCUUCCACUCAAGAUUUUCUAACAUCCUCUUUCCUUAUAACAAGGAAGGACACAUUUUAUGACCGUGCAUCCUUUUCACUCAUGUGUUCAUAUAUGGGGGAUGGAACGGAUCCUGUUGACUUGCCAACACCUGCUGUAAUUAAGCCAAUAGAGCUAUGGACGGGAAAGCAAUUAUUUAGCGUUCUAGUACGCCCAAAUUCAAAUGUGAGAGUCUAUCUAAAUUUUACUGUUAAUGAGAAAUCAUACAGCAAGACUGAAGAUGGAGGACCUGAAGCAAUGUGCCCAAAUGAUGGGUUUGUUUAUUUUCGUAACAGUGAGCUCAUAGCUGGCCAACUUGGGAAGGGUACUUUAGGAAAUGGCAAUAAGGAUGGACUUUACUCUGUACUUCUCAGAGACUAUAAAGCUCAUGCGGCUGCUUCUUGCAUGAAUCGCCUCGCUAAGUUAAGUGCUCGGUGGAUUGGUAAUCACGGAUUCUCAAUUGGGAUUAGCGAUGUACAACCAAGUGACAUUUUGUACAAUGAAAAGGAAAAGAUAAUUAAGGAAGGUUAUAACAAAUGUGCUGGUAAGAUAGAGUUAUAUAAUGAAGGACAGCUACCACUUGAACCCGGUUGUGAUGCGGCACAAUCACUUGAGUCUGGGAUAACUAAAAUAUUAAACAAUAUUAGAGAUCAAACUGGAAAGUUGUGCAUGCAAACGCUACAUUGGAGAAACAGUCCCUUGAUCAUGUCCCAGUGUGGUUCUAAAGGAUCUCCUAUCAAUAUUAGCCAGAUGAUUGCCUGUGUUGGUCAACAAUCGGUUGGUGGUCGUCGUGCACCUAAUGGAUUCAUAGAUCGAAGCCUUCCUCACUUCCCUAGAAAUGCAAAAACCCCUGCAGCUAAAGGCUUUGUUGCUAGUUCCUUUUACAGUGGCUUGACAGCUACAGAGUUCUUUUUCCAUACUAUGGGCGGGCGAGAGGGGCUUGUCGAUACAGCUGUGAAAACAGCUGACACUGGGUACAUGUCUCGUAGAUUGUCGAAAAUUUUAGAGGACCUAUCUGUCCAGUAUGAUAACACAGUACGGAAUGCAAGUGGAUGCAUAGUUCAAUUUUGUUAUGGGGAUGACGGUAUGGAUCCUGCAAUGAUGGAAGGAGAAGGGGGAGCUCCUUUAGAUUUUCGUCGAUUGUUUUUGAAAGCUAAGGCCACAUGUCCUGCUGGAGAAAAUGAAAGCUUGUCCCUUGAAGAAGUGUCUGAGAUCGUGAAAGACCGGCUUUCAAAACAAGAUAUGACUCCUGAUCAUGGUUGCUCUGCAGGUUUCAAAAGUUCUUUAGAGGAAUUCCUGGAUAAAUAUGCAAAAGCAUUAAGAAAAACACAUGAUACUUUUGUGUUGGAUCAAAGUCCGGCUUGGAAGGAAAAGUCUGCUAGUCUGGAGAAGAUUGUCCAAAAUAUUUCUGGUGUUACUUGUAAACAGCUCGAGGUUUUUCUCAAUACUUGCAUUUCUCGUUAUCAUUCAAAAAAAGUCGAAGCUGGAACAGCAAUUGGAGUAAUUGGAGCUCAAAGUAUUGGCGAACCUGGGACACAGAUGACACUGAAAACUUUUCACUUUGCUGGGGUUGCAAGCAUGAACGUUACACUUGGAGUCCCUCGUAUCAAGGAAAUAAUAAACGGAGCAAAAAAGAUCAGUACACCCAUUGUCACUGCAAUACUUGAGCAUAAUAAUAAUGCGAAAUUUGCACGGGUAGUGGCAGGUCGGAUUGAGAAAACAAUUCUUGGGCAGGUCUCUAAGAGUAUAAAAAUUGUAAUGACUUCAAGAUCGGCAUCCAUAGUCAUCACUCUUGAUAUGGUCAUGAUUCAAGAUGCACACUUGUCUAUAGAUGCUAAUGUCGUAAAAGAAUCAAUUUUACGAACUCCGAGAAUCAAACUGAAGCAAGAGCAUGUUAAGGUUUUGGAUAUCAGAAAAUUGGAAAUCCUUCCUCAGGAGGCUGAUAGAAGUAGACUCCAUUUUAACCUCUACUAUUUAAAGAGUAUGCUCCCAAAAGUUAUAGUAAGGGGUAUAAGCACUGUUCAACGUGUUGUCAUUGAUGCAAAAGAAGUUAAAAAGAAUAAAAAGGAUCUUGAAGUUACAUGCGCUGAUGGUGAUAAAAGAGAAGAAAAGGAGUACAAGUUGUUUGCAGAAGGCACGGGUCUUCUGGCAGUAAUGGGCACUGAAGGAGUUGAUGGUUGUAAAACCACAAGUAAUGAUGUUAUGGAAGUGCAGCGGACACUUGGAAUUGAAGCUGCGAGAGUUUGUAUCAUUGAGGAGAUAAAGCAUACUAUGAAAUCGCAUGGAAUGAACAUAGAUGAUCGCCAUAUGAUUUUUUUAGCAGAUGUGAUGACGUAUCGGGGUGAAGUUCUUGGAAUCACAAGAUUCGGUGUUCAGAAGAUGGACAAAAGUGUUUUGAUGAUGGCUUCAUUUGAGCGGACAGAUGAUAUUCUAUUUAAUGCAUGCGUAAAUGGGAGAGUUGACAAGGUUGAAGGAGUAAGUGAAAGCAUAAUCAUGGGUAUACCAAUGCAGAUAGGCACUGGAAUAUUUAAAGUUAGACAAAGAGUUUCUUCUGAUUUGAGGCAGCCCACAUAUUUGGGACCAAAUUCAGACGUGGAACUGCAUUACGGGCCACGCCCAAGUCUAACUUGAGCGGAAGAAAAAGUAGUUGUAAAUCAUCUCAUUUCACCAAAGCAAAUGCAUAUGUUGCCUUCAUGUAUAUGAGAAUUGACUGAAGCAUUGUGAUGGUCCCGGAAGACUAGUUUAGAAUGUCAAAUGAAGAUGGGGGGCGUGGUAGCAAUCCAAUCUUCAGCUUGAUUACCAGAUCAUGCACAUGCUCUGCUAAUUGAACUGAGAAUGUUGAAUGAAGAUGGGAGACAUGGUACAUGUCAGAUUUCUAGUCAUUUGAUGUAAACUUGUCAGAUUCAUUGCAGCUUUAACUUGCCUACAAGAUUUGUGCAAAGACAAGUAGUUUUCCCAAUUUAACAUUAUACUCGGUACUGUAUACUUUGUAUAUACUUUUGAUAGUUUUGAGCUUCAAAAUUGGCAUCAUGCAACUUUGAUAGAGUGAAUGUUGAGAAACCUGAAAAA